CUUUUUUUAAUGCUCCAUCCAUUUAAUCUAUAUAUGGCAGAAGUAUGAAUUCCAAUAAGCUGUUUCCCUUACCAGACAUCCUCUAUGAGACAUUAAUUUCUCCUAUUUUCUUGGACUAAUGUCUGGUUUUUUCCCUUGUUUCUCCGGAAACCUCAAAUUCCCUAACAGAAAUAACUGCCUUUGACAAAUUUCAGCCCAUGUCUUUAACUCCUCAAUCUAAUAAGUAUUGACAUUCUUCAGGCCAACAGUGCUUGUUCUUGUUUUUCAUAAUUUGCAAGGAGAGGGUCAAUUAAUUCUAUAGGCCCUUCUCCAUUCCUUAUAACAAAUUAAGAAAAAAAUUGAGAAAGUGAUUGAAUUGGAGAGCUUGGUUUUUUGUAUAAAAAAUGGCAAAUAAGAAAAAAAUUGGCGCACUUGGUAUUUCUUCUAUAUUAUUGGUAGCCAUGGUGGUUGCUCUUACCAUCGGUACCCGGGAAAACAAAGAAACCGAUAGUUCUCGUCGCCAGGACAUAUCUUCUUCUUUGAAGGCCAUCCAAACUCUCUGUGGAUCAACGGACUACCAAGAAACUUGCGUCGAUACCCUCAAAUCUUCGGAUAAAAUAACUAGCGACCCCAAAGAACUCAUAGAGCUCGCUUUUGAAGCAACGAUCAAGUACAUUGAAGAUGCUGCUAAGAACUCGACUGUCUUGCAAAAGCUUCAAAGCAAUCCCCGGGCAAAAUCAGCUCUCGAUAACUGCCACGAGCUAGCAAAUCGUGCAGUUAACGACCUCAGGAGAUCGUAUAACAAGUUUAAGGAAUUUGAUGUAGCUCGUUUUAAUGCCAUGCUGUCUGAUUUGAAGAUUUGGCUUAGUGGAGCCAUCACAUAUCAAGAAACAUGCUUAGAUGGAUUUGAAGAUGUCCCUGGAGAUGCAGAGGAGAAAAUGAGGGAGGCUUUGAAAAUAGCCAUGGAAUUAACAAGCAAUGGUUUGGCUAUGGUGACUGAAAUAUCGACUGUGAUCGAGUCUUUGGGUGUACAAGGAUUUAACAAUCGUCGUCUCCUUUCCGAAGACAUUUCUAUUAUGGGACAUCGCGGUGAAAUUCCCGACUGGAUUGACAUUGAAAGGCGUGAACUUCUUAGUUCCAAGCCUAAUAAAAUCGAGCCUGAUCUUGUUGUAGCGAAGGACGGGUCUGGGAAGUACAGUACCAUUAACCAAGCUUUGAAAGACAUUCCGAAAAAUGGCAACAAGACUUUUGUGCUGUACAUCAAAGAGGGUGUAUAUGAAGAGAAGGUGCAGUUCGACAGCAGUAUGAAUCAUUUGUUCGUAAUUGGCGAUGGCUCGACCAAGACGAAGAUAACUGGACAUCUGAACUUCAUAGAUGGAACUAACACCUACCAGACGGCAACAGUCGCCGUACAAGCUGACAGUUUCAUGGCCAAGGAUAUUGGAUUCGAAAACUCAGCUGGUGCCGAAAAGCAUCAGGCAGUGGCAUUGCGUGUCAGCGCAGACAAGGCAAUCUUCUACAAUUGCCAGAUGGAUGGCUACCAAGACACGCUUUACGCACACACAUACCGCCAAUUCUAUAGGGACUGCGUAAUCUCAGGUACUGUCGAUUUCAUUUUUGGCGAUAGCGCUGCUGUUUUCCAGGGAUGCACAUUGGUGGUUCGAAAGCCUUUGGACAAUCAGCAAAACAUUGUGACAGCACAAGGCAGGAAGGAUGAUGAAAUGUGGUUUGUUUGUUUUUGA